AUGGAGGUGUCGGUGGGGGACGUGGUGCUGGAUAUGGAAAUCGACAGUGGCGCGUCUAUAUCCGCUAUUUCAGAAAGGCUGUAUAGGACGCAGUUUUCAAAAUACCACUUGUCUCCGACAAGGAUGGAGGCAAACACAGUCAGCAGCAACAACAUGCGGGUCAGUGGUAGAGAAGCACAACUGCCACCCUGCCACCAAACGUCCUCAACUGCGGAGCCUACAGGCGGCAGGGCAGCACUGACAGAAAAGGAGCCACAGGAAAACCUGAUGGAAAGUGCAGCUGGCAGUGUCCAAGAUGAAGAAAGGACGUCAUCGGCGGCCGAUGUGGGCGGCAGCGAUGUCGCGGCGCCUUCAGCGGCAGACGGCGGUGCUCCCAUGGUGGCGUGCGUGGCAGGCGACGGCGGCGUGGUGCCUUCAGCGGCGCGCAUGACGUGCGGUGGCGGCGCGGCGCCUUCAGCUGCGCGCUUGAUGUGCGGAGGCAGCGUGGCGCCUACAGGGGCGCGCAUGGCUUGCGCAGGUGGCGCGCCCACAGUGGCGUGCGUGGCGGCGGCGCCCCCUGCUACAUGUGCGGCGGGCGGAGCGGGCGGAAGUGGCACGCCGUCUGUGAUGUGCGCGGCGGGCGGAAGUGGCACGCCCUCCGUGACAUGCGCGGUGGGCGGAAGUGGCACGCAUUCUGUUACGUGCGCGGUGGGCGGAGGUGGCGUGUUUGAGUCGGUCUGA